AUGGUCGUUGACCCGCCAAACCACGAAAAGGGCGCGGACGUAAACGAGAGGAUUCUCAAGAUGCUGAUGGGAUUCGAAGUCCGCAUGGAGCGCAUGGAGGCGUCCCAGAUGCAGAUUAACGAAAACGAACGACUUAGAGGAGCUAUCGAGAGUGGACUUUCUACCUCUCUGCUCGAUCUUAACAUGGGCAGCGCUGGCCCAUUGCACCUGGACGCACUUGGAAACUCGCCACAGAGGCGACAAGUAGCGUCACCAGCGCAUGCAGCGCACGUCGAACCGCUCGGGCCUCAAUACGUCGCACCGGAACCGCGACAGCGCUUUAUAAUGCAGCAGGCGCCGCAGCAAGAACAUCAGGCGGCGGGCCCUGCGCAUCGAGUGCCGGAUGCGCGUCAGCGGAAGCUGACAAUCAGGAAGCUCGACGGAAGCGAGCUGUACCAUGGGCUCGGCUCCGGCUUCCUUGACUUGGGGCGUACAUUUCUCCUACAGACCACGUCAUGGAAAGGCUUCUGCAGACUUUUCAAGACCAAGAUCACGGCAUCGCAGUCGAUACAGCUCUUUACGGCGCGUAAAGACUUAAAGCGAAGCUGGCCAGAGCACUAUCUGUACUUGGUUGCCGUCAGCCACGCGUGCGGCGGUGCGGACCAACAGGUGCUCGACAACAUCGUGCACUACGCGUCAGCAGACCUGAGCACAGUGCUCAUGGCUAAGUACGACAACUCGCGGGUCGACCAUUUGCACCAAGCUGAGGAGCUCGCCCACUUCGCGCAGUCUGUGGAGGUCGAGUCGCGCAAGGGUAGUGCGCUCGGACGAGACGUCCGGUCCCUGGUGACUCCCUGGUGA